CUAGGUCGGAGCGCUUGAGCUCUGCUGCCGCUGCUGCCGCCGUGACCACCAUCCCUGCCGCCACCAUGCCGCCCUACACCAUUGUCUACUUCCCUGUUCGAGGGCGCUGCGAGGCCAUGCACAUGCUGCUGGCUGACCAGGACCAGAGCUGGAAGGAGGAGGUGGAGACCAUGGAGACCUGGCCUGCACUCAAACCCUCCUGUCUGUACGGGCAGCUCCCCAAGUUCCAGGAUGGAGAUCUCACCCUGUACCAGUCCAAUGCCAUUCUGCGUCACCUGGGCCGCUCACUUGGACUGUAUGGGAAGGACCAGCAGGAGGCAGCCCUUUUGGACGUGGUGAAUGAUGGCGUGGAGGACCUCCGUUGCAAAUAUGCCACCCUCAUCUACACCAACUACGAGGCAGGCAAGGAGGGCUAUGUGAAGGCACUGCCGGAGCAUCUGAAGCCUUUUGAGACCCUGCUGUCCCAGAACCAGGGAGGCCAGGCCUUCAUCGUGGGCAACCAGAUCUCCUUCGCAGACUACAACCUGCUGGACUUGCUGCUGAAUCACCAGGUCCUGGCCCCUGGCUGCCUGGACUCCUUCCCCCUGCUCUCAGCCUACGUGGCUCGCCUCAGUGCCCGGCCCAAGCUCAAGGCCUUCUUGGCCUCCCCUGAGCACGUGAAGCGCCCUAUCAAUGGCAACGGGAAGCAGUGAGGGCUUGUGGCCCUCUCUGCAGGAGGCAGCGAGCUGCCUGCUUCCCUCUCCCCAGGACCAAUAAAAUUUUCAGGAGAGAAAAAA